UAGUUAAUGCUACUUUUGGCUGUUUUCAGCAUGGAAACAAAUGGGUGGAAGGCGGCUCACCCUCGUAGAUAUAACAAAUAUAUUAUCAAAAUGAAUUGUUUAAUAGAUACUGUGUCUCCCCAGUUUUUUAAAACUGCUGCUUUUAAAUUCGGGUGAUCCAUUUAAUGAUAUGGCCUCAUCUCCAUCAUCUCUUCAUAGGUUCUAUCAGACUAAAAUUUUAGUGAAAAGUUCGAAGGAAUCCUCUCUGACUGGCAAUAAAAGAUAUAGAAAUACAGCUUUAAAUUGUUGGAAAUGUGUCAGGGGUAAGCCUUGGCCUAAGUAUCAAUUUCAUAACUUCACAGUUUGUGAGAGAAAUGACUCACAUGAGAUCAAAUGCAAAGAGAAAUUAUUUGGCCAAACCAUAGCUUACAAUAUGCCAAAUUGGAGUGGAAAAUUUGCUGGAUACCAAAUGAAGGCAAUUUUUUUUAGAGUUCUUGACCCACAAAAAGUGAACACACGUGUGCAGACUCACAUUUUUGAAGAUGAAGCAAACAUUCAUCUAAGCAGAUGGAACAGAAAAAGGACAUUUCUACAGGUUUGGAAGGCCAUUAAAAGUACAAAGGCAUGGCUAUUAGAUCUACAGAAUGAUGCGAAUUGUAAUACCAGCCCACAAACCACAGUGGCAGCGAUCUUCCUAUCAUGGAUUCUUUUGUUUAAUCUGCCUGCUUAUGCUACUGAUGCACUGAAGACAUGUACUUGUUUGUUGAAAGAGUGCAGGGUGGAAUUGGCCAGGUGCAUUGCAGACCCUGCAUGUGCAGCAAAUGUUGCUUGCCUCCAAACAUGUAAUAAUCGUCCAGAUGAGACAGAAUGCCAGAUUCACUGUGGAGAUCUAUUUGAGAAUAGUGUAGUAGAUCAAUUCAAUGAAUGUGCAGUAUCCCGGAAAAGGUGUGUUCCUCAGAAGCAAGAUGAAUUGACAUUUCCUGUUCCAGAUCCCUCUGCACUUGUUAAAAAUUUUAACAUUGCAGAUUUCAGUGGCAAGUGGUACAUUAGUAGUGGCUUGAAUCCAACAUUUGAUACAUUUGAUUGCCAAGUUCAUGAAUUUUAUCCGGCAUCGAAUAAUCUCACUGGAAAGUUGUCAUGGCGAAUAUCAACCCCUGAUGGUGGUUUCUUCACUCGUUCUGCUGUUCAGAGAUUUGUGGAAGAUCCGUCUCAGCCUGGAGUGCUCUAUAAUCAUGAUAACGAGUACCUUCAUUAUCAGGAUGACUGGUACAUACUUUCAUCCAAGAUAGAAAAUAAACCAGAUGAUUACAUAUUUGUAUACUAUCGAGGCAGAAAUGAUGCCUGGGAAGGAUAUGGAGGUUCUGUUAUUUAUACGCGGACUCCAGUUCUUCCUUCCAGCAUUGUGCCUGAGUUAGAAAAGGCUGCAGGAAGGGUGGGACUGGACUUCAAAAAGUUUAAGAGAACAGACAACACAUGUGGCCCUGAGCCCCCUCUGUUGGCCAGAUUAGAAAGAAAGUUUGAGGAGGGAGAACAGGCAGUUGCAAAAGAAGUAGAACAACUAGAAAAAGAGGCUGAGGAAGUUGGAAAGACAGAACUGAAUUUACUAGAGAACUUAGGAAAGGGAAUACAAGAAUUAGAGAAGGAUGAGAAGUAUCUCUUGCAAGAAUUGAGUAAAGAGGAAAUGGAUAUUUUGGAUGAUCUGAAAAUGGAAGCUGUGGAGAUUGAGAAACUUUUUGGAAAGGCAUUGCCAAUAAGAAAAAUCAGAUAGGCAGAACACAUCAUUGUGAUGAAUUUUCACAUAGCGGUGCCAGAAUAUCUUGAUGAUAUCUGAUUUUUGGCCUUUACAAUUAUCAAUUACAAGGAAAUCUCUUUGGGUUGGAUGGCAUGUAGCAUGGAAUUUCGCAGUUAUGGUUGCAGACAUUAUUGGAAUACUUUUCCUCAUAAUUUUUUUUAUAAAGAUCAAGUCUGAGUUGCAAUCAUUUGAAGACGUCUUAAAUUUCUCAUCUACAGGUCCCAAAGACAUUUUCAAUUUUCAAAAUUUAAAAGCAAAAUUCACACAGAUAAAGAAGGAAAAUGUGAGUCAACCAUGUAUUAUUCUGGCGAUCUUAUCCACAAUGGGGAAAGUGGUAUGUAAUGGUCAUAGCCCGGUUAGCAUUUGCGAUUUAUAAAUUAAUUCAAUUGCAAUUGCUAGUUCUCUUUGAUGAAACAAUGUGCCAUAUGUUGCAGUGAAGAUAGGUUUCCGCUGAAAUUACUUUGACAGAAUAGUGUAGGGUUAUCUAUAAAUCUUUCUUUUGAAGUUUUCAAUACAACCUUCUUAUAUUUAUGAGAUUAACAUGGAGAUCUUACAUUUAAAUUAGAUGUCAAUUUCAGACAUUCCAAUAA